AUUGCGAGCAGGCGAGGGAGGCGUGGAAAGGAAUAAGUGUAACAGUAUUAUUAGGGAGGAUGGUGUAAUAAAAACCAGCCAGUGUCAUCUCCAGGCAGCUCUUGAGUCCCACGCCCGCCUUGCCUCCGCGCCUCUCUCUCUCAACCUCCUCAGAUGAUACGCUCGUAACACGCGCCCAACACACAUAUUUUUUUACCACUCUUUUAUUCGUCGAUACACGCUGUUUCCUCUGAUUUUCCCGCGUGUAGUAACCCCGCGAAGUAAUUUCUAGCACAUCCCGUUUGGUUUUCUAAUGCAGAUAAUAGUUGGCAGAGCGGAAAAAGGGUGCUCGAGAUAAAGGGUAAGUGGUACCCGAGGGUGAAGAGCUGCGUGGAUAAAGGAAGCGAGAGUCGGGCGCGCGGCCAGUACCAUUCCAACCUCUCGCUAGUCAUUACGUCCCUUGCUCACGGAGAGUCUGCACCCAUGGGAGGAGAGUGGAAGCCCCAAGUAAUUUAUACCCACGUCCAGUGUUACUAGUUUUCUGCCUUGACCGUGAAGGGGCGACUAGCUAUUAGUGCAUUAGCUAGUAGUUUGUAGUGCUUGCUAGCGGACUGAAAGAAGACGAAGCAAGGAAAAUGUGCGUGUGCUCAGCAAGUGUCAAGCUACAAGACUCCUGUACAGAUUUUAAGCUUUAGUCGUAGUGGUUAAGCUGACACCUGAGCUUACUACUGCGAGCCACACACCGGUGAAUUUUUGGUUCAAGCUUUAAUUACUGUAGAGAGAGAGUGAGUGAGUGUGUGAGCGUGUGUGUCGACGCGUCAAGAACACAACAGAAAUGGUAGUCUCCGCUGAAGAAUACAGACACAAGAUCUUCGGUGUUAUACCUUCACCCAGCCAUCAGACACUGUACUGUGAGACUGACAUGGCUGCAGCAGCGUCCCCGGAGCUGAAGGGUACGCUGACCCCCCCAGGCUCCUCCCCCCUGAGGGCGGAGUGUGACCCCACCCAAGACUCCUCCCACGGCUCCACCCCCCCAUCACCAGAGGCUCCCCCCACCCCAGACUCCGCCCACAUGGCUGCUGAACCAACCAAUCACAGCUCGGUGCGCCUUCAGUCCACCAAUGACAAGGCAGAGAGACACCCGUUGACCAAUGAGGAGCCGUUAUCAGGGGCGAAGAAGAGGAAACCGACGAAGGUUCACAAAGUAGAGACGGAGUGCGGGAGCGAGGGCGAGGCCGAGGCGGGGGCGGGCGUCGGCAGCUUCGCGUGUCCAGUGUGCCAGGAGGUGCUACCCUCGCAGCACGACUUCACACAGCACAUCCGCAAACACAACCAUGUGGUGGAGGGCGAGAACGGCACCAAGAUGUACUGCUGCGGCAUCUGUCAGAAGCAGCUGAGCAGCAACAGCUCGCUGGACCGACACAUGCUGGUGCACUCCGGCGAGCGCCCCUUCCGCUGCCACAUCUGCGGCACACACUUUACCACCAACGGCAACAUGCACCGUCACAUCCGCGGCCACCUCCGCAACGGUGGUGGCGGAGGAGGAGGCGGCGGCGGCGCCAGCUCCGACACGAGCGAGAGUGACCUGUGCUCGGAAGAGGCGCCGGGCUCCCCCUACAAAAGACCCCAUGAGGACGACGACAGCGGCGCGGCGCCCCCCAAGCUGGUGCGUCUGGAUGCAGAGGAGGAGCUAGCGUGCCCGGCGUGUGGCGUGGAGCAGCCUAGCCAGCACGCCCUGGAGCAACAUGUGGAGGCUAUGCACCCUGAGUACCAGGUGUCGUGCUCCACGUGCCACGUGGGCUUCAAGAACUACCGCUCCCUGCACCUGCACAAUUCCAUGAUGCACCCUACCGCGGCGCCGCCCCGCCUACACCUCACCCUCACGGACUUCUCCACCUCCAAGUUCCCGCUGAUCGCCAAGGAGGUGUGUGAGGCGUCCAGUAGCCAGGAAUGCGUGGCGGACGACAGCGUGGGCAGCCACCGGUGCCAGAUGUGCCGCAUCACCUUCCCCUGCGCCGACUCCUGGCUCAUGCACAUGCGGGAACACACUGCGGCGGCGGUGCCAUCGCCAGCGCCCCUCAGGUGCAUGCGCUGUGACCUCAGCUUCUCAAACGUGGCAGAGCUAACGCGCCACCACCAGAGACACCUGUGCGAAGAGGCGCAGCCCGGCAAGGAAAGCUUCUUGGCUGUCCUAGAUCUCCUCAACAAAAAGAGCCGUGAGGCUCCCUUCUCUGCCUUCGGGGUUCCUAGCCACGAGGCGCUUCGGCCGCCGCUGGGGCUGCCCCCGCCGGGGCAACAUUCCCCAGCACCCGCAGACUCCGCCAAGGCGUCGCCCGAACACCCGACGCCAGGCCGCAUCGCCGCGCCCGUCUCCGCCCCCGGCAGUAGCAGCCAGCAGAUGGUGCCCGGCGGAGGUUUGCUGACUCACAACGAGCAGUUCGCGCGGGACUACCGCGAUAUGAAGCUGAACGGCCAGUACCCGUGCCGCCUGUGCAAGGAAGUAUUCGCCAACCUACGUAAGCUCAAGUCCCACAACCUGGCGCACAUGGUGGCGCCGCCUUACCGCUGUAACCUGUGCUCCUUCUUCAGCAACGACAAGAACACCCUCAAGGAACACAUGAAAAGCCACAAGGGCGACACGCCCUACGAAUGCACGCUGUGCAACAUUGCCUUCACCACCAAAGCGAACUGCGAGCGUCACAUCAAAAAUAUCCACCGCCGCCAGUCCCGCGACGAGGUGAAGGGCUGCAUGUCCUUCCACCCCUCGGAGGAGGGCGGUGGAGGCGACCCCUCCCUGGACACCGUGUGCCAGAUCUGCCACAUCGACUGCAAGGCGCGCUCCGUCCUGCGUGACCACAUGCGCUCUUCGCACCCCGAGGGCGUUACCAAGCCCUUCUCGUGCAAGUUGUGCGGCGGCGCCUUCACCUCCGAGAACGACGUGAUGCGCCACGUGAUCCAGCAGCACUCUGAGGCGGCGUCAGCGCGCACGCUCGCCGGCCUGGUGGAGACGCGGCCGCCCGAGGACCGCUUCGACCACCAGGACCUCACGCCCGUUGAGUCUCUCCUCAACUUCUCCAAACUGCACAUGCCCGUGCCCCUCACCGCCCCCCACCCGCCGCCCCCACACCCUAUUCCCAUCCCCUUCUCGCCCAAGCCGCCCGUGCCCAUGCCCGUCAUGGUGCCACAUCGCCCCCUCACGCCUGUCAUGCCCCCCAUGCCUGCGGAGACUGAGGACGCGCCUCUCGACCUCAGCAUGUCCAAGAAGGACACGAAAAUGGAAAGAGCUGAGGAAAAUGAGGAAGAAGAAGAGGAGGGAGAAGAGGAAGAGGACGUGGAUGUGGAGGUGACGGAGGUGAAGAUGGAGCAGGAUCAGCCAGAGGACCUGUCCAAGCCGCGACGAGAGCAGGUGACGGAAGAGGACACCCUGGACCGCAGCCCGAAGUCCUCCCCCGAGUGUUCCCCCGCUGACGUGCUCAAGAUCCCCCGGCCACCCUUUCCCCUGGGCGUGUACUCCCAGCCCCUGUGCAGCGCCUUCCCGCCCGCGCAGUUCCCAGUCUUCAUGAGCCAGUACCGCAUGGGCCACCAGUUCGACGCGGCGCUGCUGGAGGAGUACCAGAAGGAAUUCAAGCGCGGCCUGCACCUCACCUCUGGUGGCGGCCUGCUUGGGGGCGGCUCCCCGAUGUUGGCCCCCAACGCUCCCUUCCAGCUGUCCCUCCUAGCCGCCGCCAAAAACCCCCUGCUGCGCAUUCCGCGGCCUGAGCUGCGCGGCGCUGAAGAGCGGACCGAGGAGCCCCCACCAGCCCCUGAGGGCUUGUCCGCCCCGCCGCCGCCGCCGCCGCCCCCGCCGUCCAAGCCCAGCGAGGAGGACGUGAUGCACUUCACGAUGCGCAAUUCUGUACUCAUGAAGAAACCCAAGCAGCGGCGCUACCGCACGGAGCGACCAUGGCGCUGCAGCCUGUGUGACAAGGGCUUUACGCUGCGCUCCAACAUGGAGCGCCACAUCAAGCAGCAGCACCCAGACGUGUGGCAACAGCGGCCCCGCGGUGGGGGUGGCGCGCCGCGGCCUGAGGGCGAGGCACUGGUUGCCGCGCCGCGCGAGGCUCCGCACACCAUCUCCAGCGCCGUGCGGGAGCAGCUCAUCAUCAAGAUCGAGAAGGAGGCAGGGGAGGAGAAGGAGGAGGGGCGCGUCAAAGAGGAGGGGGAGAAGGACCUCAUCAUUGACGAUUGUCCGGAAGAAGGAGAAGAAGAGGAAGAAGAGGAGGAGGAGGAAGAAGAAGAAGAAGAAGAAGAAGAAGAGGAAGAGGAGGAGGAGGAGGAGGACAUUCAGGAAGGAGAUGAGUCAGAAGAGUGCAAAGACAAACAGUCAGAGGAGUGUGAAAAGUACGAUGAGCAGACCUGCGAGGAGCGAGGUCGCGAGGAGGACCUGGCCAGCGUGCACAAGUUGCUCAUCACGGCCUCCAGCCAGAGCUUCCCCUUCGUGGGCAGCGAGGGAGAGGAGGACGGGCCUAACGAGAGCGACUCCACCUCCACCUCGCUCUCCGAGGAAGGCAAGCGCAGCGCGUACUCCUCGGCGCCGCAGAAACAGAAGUGCCCCUUCUGCCAGCGAAAGUUCCCCUGGUCCAGCUCGCUGGUGCGUCACAUCCGCACCCACACGGGUCAGAAGCCCUAUCUGUGUCCCGUCUGCCACUUUCCCUUCACCACAAAGUCCAACUGCGACCGGCACUUGCUGCGCAAACACCCGGACUCUCCGCACACCACGGGGGGUGACAGGCCGUACCGCUGCGCCAAGUGUCCCGGCGCCGCCUUCACGAACAUCGAGAGUCUGCGCAAGCACGAGAUGUUCAAGCACGAGAAGGCGAGCGACACGGCCAUUCCCCGAGACGACUCCAGGCCCUUCCGCUGCCACAUCUGCGAGGCGCCACUAGCCACUCGGGACGCUGCGAUGCUGCACCUUAGCAAGUCCCACCCCGAGCACGCCCAAAACGUGAUCAACACGGACCCCGUCACGCCGGAGAACAACAACGAGCCGCUGUCCCCCGCCGCGGACACCACAGCCACCACCACAGAGAAGGUGAGCUGUAUGUUCUGUCUUCAGCGGUACUGGAGCCUCGCGGAGCUGAAACAACAUGUUUCUGAGCACCACACCAGGCCUGUCUUCCCCGUCCCCCUCCCCAAGCAGGAGACCACGCCCUACCUCCCCGACGCCGAGCCCCACGACGCCCUCCCUGCAAAGCCAGAAGUGAAGGAAGAGCGCAAAGACGAAACGGAAGGGAGUGACUUUAUCUCCGAUCUCCUGGGGACGAAAAGAGCCGUAGUCGAUCACCUCCUCACCUCCAAGUCUGCGGACGAUGCGGCGAAGCUCCUCGGCAUGCGGUAAUGAUGCGGGGCGGCGGCGUGCACGUGCGUCUGUCUGUCUGUCUGUGCAGCAGCCGUGGAGACCUGAAGGGCAGCAGGUGUGAGGUGAAGCUGUCAUGCGCACACCACUCACGCACACCUACCUACACACACAUGUACCUACAUACCAACACACACACACACACGCGGUUCGCCGGUGUGGAAGGAAGAAAACACGCGGUGGCUUUUGCUCCGCUAGCUGAGUGCAAUGUUAGUGUCAUAGCUUGUAGAUGUUCUGAACGAAACCUCUCCUCUUCUUUUAUAUUCAUUGUUACCUUAAUUUCCGACAUUAAUGCAUUCACAGUUUGCCUUGAAAUUCAAUAAUUCGUGCCUUGACAACGUGGCCUAGACACUUCUAUGAUAACUCGUAAGUUGAAUGUUUUUUGUAUAUAGACUGUAUAUAACAACUCGGUGGUUAAAAUGAUGUUUAGUUCAUUAUUUUUCAUUCUUUUUCGUCUGUGAUGCUUUAACUCCCAAGUUGAUUUUGUUGUUAUUGUUAUUUUUUUUUUUCCGUGUCGCUUGUACAGUACCUGCCAAAUGUUAUUAUUAUUAUCUCGUAGUGUUUUCUUUAGUUGCCAAUAUUUCCAACGUUUUGUUCAAAUACAAGGGGCCAAAAUCAUUUGUCUUGUGCCUAAGCUUUUCAUUUAGCAGCAAAUAGGCGUGAGGCGGGGCGGGGGGAGGGCGGGGCGGGCGGGCGUGGGCGGGGAAUGGGCGGCGCCAAGAAUGAGAGCAUAUCUUAACCUAGAUCGAGGACAAUCUUCGUGGAUCAGGGAUUGAGUAGUUUACUUCUCCUUAUUUAUACUUAAGUAGGUCUCUUCUCUCCAAAGUAUUAAGGCUAGCGGCCAAAGUUACACUUAGUGUCUGUACAUAAAUAUUAGACUUAAUAAUUUAUCUCAAUAUUUUUAAGGUUACACUGUCCAUUCCAAAGUUUGUAUAUUUAUACAUUCCAAGAUUUCUUUAAGAAUGUUGUGUUCCUAUUAGUUUAUAUUACUCUUGGUAGCGUGUCAUCUGUACCUCAGGCCGCGCCGCACCCAGUGGGGCCGGCCGCCUGUCUCUUGCAUUCCGGUACUCUCGUCCUUACUACUGUUACUUGAUUUAUUAAUAUAUUCCAUGCAGUCCCAUGCAUGUUCCAAAGAUGUCUGUUGUGUGUCGGUUCCUGUCUGAAUGAGUUACUCUUUACUUUUUCUCAAUUUACAAAGACUGUCUGGGAGUCUUGACAAACAGUGUACGGAAAUCAUCCAUCUCUUAACAUACUUUAAUAUAAAUUACCAAUUGAUCUCUCAACUUAUUAAACAUUGUGACAGCUAUAACUCUUAUUAUUACUAUCAUUAUUAAUACCAUUAUCUCGUAUGGCAUUACUUGAAGUCGCCUCUCUUUUUUCUGUAUUUAAUAUUUCGCUGUGUGACUGACUGACUGACUGCCUGCCGCUUGGUCACUCUUUGUCCAGUGUUGUUCAUCUCACCUCGUUCCAAUGUGUGUUUUUGUUUGUGUUUAAAGCACCACAAAAAUUAUAAAAAAAAAAGCUUUGGAAUAAAUAGUUGUGAUUCACUCUUUCGUGUUAUUCCAAGCAGCCUUUGCGAGUACAUCAGCGCUCUACCCCUUGGCCGUCACUGAGGUGGUUACUGUGGUAUAAUUAUCUAAGACAUAACAAGCUGCUUCCUACUUACCAGGAAAGUUAUGUUUGCUGAAGUAAGUUAUGUAGCGUAUUAGUGACUUGAUGCGGAAGUUGAGUAUUGGAUCAUUGGUAAGUGAUAGGUGAUCUGGGCAUCAGUGGUUCACACAUCCCAGAAGAACACAAGAGAAGCUGCAAGAAGCCUUCACGCCCACACAUAGCAGCCCUUGUAUAAAAUAUGCCCAUCUAUUACCAACUGUCAUCCCCAUCCAUAAACUUGUCUAAUCUUUUUACAGCUUCCUGGUUACUGUCAAUAUAAUAAGGUAUUGUGUGUUCAAUUCAGUUACCGUUUGCAAUAAUGCUGCCAUUAUAGUCAACUUGAAGGGAGAAGAAGGCACUGGGGAGCGUCGUCUCUGUAUUUCAAACCUAAUAGUGAGACAGGAAACGAGAUAUUUUUUUUCUUUAUCGUAUCCCUUGAAGGAGGAUGCCAAUCUAAGACAUCAUUUUUAAACGCUUGGUAGAAAUAGUAUAGUCACCCAUUCAAUCCCGUCCCAACGCUCUGUUAAUGUGCAUGUUAGGAAAAAUCAAAGUAUCAAACUUAAAAUCAUUAAUGCAAUAAAUACUCGUGAAUUAUAAUGUAGUUUUAUUAAUGUCAUAUUACGAAACAAUGCAUACAGGACGAACUAAAAAUAAGUCCCCAGAGCAAGACUUCGUAGCGGCCAGCCAUUGGUGGCAAGUCAACAGCAGUAUAGCGUCAGCUAUUUCUUCCAUUUAGUGGCCAUAUUCUUCCUUUUGGCAUAUUACUAGUGCAAUUGCCUGGGGAGAUCAACUUAGUGCCAUGCAGGGACGCAAGAAAUACCCAGAAGACAUUGAAGUGGAGGCGGAAUUGAGAUACAGAUAUAGAAAGACAAGAUAGAUAAGCAGGAACACCACCACCUCCACAAUGGAAGAAGGAUUGGAAACAAGAAAGAUGGGGGUCAGUAGAGAUCUCCCACCAUUACCACCAUCAGAGAUUUUGUCAAACCUCCUGGAGUUAAAGAAUUGGAGAAUGCACCAGGAAGUUGUUUGGUUGCUGUCUGCAUUGGUACCACCAAAUGGAGACUGCAUCCUCACUUGGAUUAAAAUGUUUAAUGUGAAGAUCCUGAAUGGCAGACAACACCAUUACCCAGAAGAAGAUAUUACAUGGCACCACACCACCACCACCACCACACAGAAUGGCAGUCUGGAAAAAACAAAGGAAUAUGAGGGAGCACAUGAACUCUGCAAGGCUGGUGUGUUUGGGACACAUGAAAUCUGACUUAAUAAAUAUUUCAAGUGAAUGUCUGUUUAAUAAAUAUUCCAAGUAAAUGA